GCGAAGGGAAGAAAAGGCAGUAGAUCUAGAUAGGUGUAGCUGCUCAUCAUUAUAUUACAUUUCUUUCAGUUACGUCUGAGGAGCAGUCAAAAUGGUCAACAAAUUUUGGCUUUUAGCCAUCAUAGGUGUUCUGCUUUUUGCAGCAUGUGCAUCAGCAGCAGAUGAAGAUGAGGGAGAGGCAAUUGUUGAAGACGACAUUGGAAAGAGUCGUGAUGGAUCAAAGACUGAUGAUGAAGUUGUCGCAAGGGAGGAGGAAGCAAUCAAACUGGAUGGAUUAAAUGUUUCUCAAAUGAAAGAGUUACGAGAUUCAGCUGAAAAACAUGUAUUCCAGGCUGAGGUCAACCGUAUGAUGAAACUCAUCAUCAACUCACUCUACAGAAACAAGGAGAUCUUCUUGCGUGAGUUGAUCUCCAAUGCUUCUGAUGCUCUGGAUAAGAUCAGAUUGACAUCGUUGACAGAUAAAGCAGCCUUGGAUGCCACAGAAGAACUGUCCAUCAAGAUUAAGGCUGAUAAAGAUAAUCACAUGCUUCAUAUAACCGAUACCGGUGUGGGUAUGACCAAGAAUGACCUCAUCAACAACCUUGGAACCAUCGCCAAAUCUGGAACCAGUGAAUUCUUUGAAAAACUAUCCGACAUGGAUUCAUCUGAAGCUACCGAUCUGAUUGGUCAGUUUGGUGUUGGUUUCUACUCCUCAUUCUUGGUUGCUGAGCGUGUUAUCGUCACAUCUAAACAUAACGAUGAUGAGCAGUACAUCUGGGAAUCUGACUCGGCUGAAUUCUCCAUCAAUAAGGACCCUCGUGGAGACACUCUCAAACGUGGAACUACUAUCAGUCUUUUGCUGAAGGAGGAAGCCUAUGAUUUCUUGGAAGCAGAUACCAUCGAGAACCUGGUGAAGAAGUACAGUCAGUUCAUCAACUUCCCCAUCUACCUGUGGGGUAGCAAGACCGAGUCAGUUGAAGAACCUAUUGAGGAAGAUGAAGCAGCUGAAGCGGAGGAGGAUAAGACUGAAGAUGAGGAUGUUGAGGUUGAGGAGGAGACAGACGAGGAAGAGAAACCCAAGACUAAGAAGGUGGAUAAGACUACAUGGGACUGGAGAUUGAUGAAUGAGAACAAACCCAUCUGGACCAGAGCGCCUCGGGAUAUCACAGAUGAAGAAUACGAAGAGUUCUAUAAAUCUUUCACCAAGGAGACGGACGCACCCAUGGCUAAGACUCAUUUCUCAGCUGAGGGAGAGGUCACCUUCAGGUCCAUCCUCUUCAUCCCCAGUAAGGCACCAAACCAGAUGUUCCAGGACUAUGGCAAGAAGUUUGACAACAUCAAGCUUUAUGUACGACGUGUAUUCAUCACCCAUGACUUUGAAGACAUGAUGCCCAAGUAUCUCAGCUUUGUCAAGGGUGUGGUUGACUCCGAUGAUCUGCCACUCAAUGUGUCACGUGAGACUCUCCAGCAACACAAACUACUCAAGGUCAUCAAGAAGAAACUUGUCAGGAAGACUCUUGACAUGCUGAAGAAGAUGGACCCCGAAGAAUACAUGGAGAAGUUCUAUAAGGAGUACGGAGUCAACGUCAAGCUGGGGAUCAUCGAGGACCACAGCAACAGGUCCCGUCUGGCCAAGCUGGUCAGGUUCUUCUCCUCAAACUCUGAGACGGAACAGACCAGUCUUCAGGAUUAUCUGGAACGUAUGAAGGAGAAGCAGGAGGUCAUCUACUUUGUUGCUGGAACCAGCAGGAAAGAGGUUGAAUCUUCACCGUUUGUUGAGCGACUCUUGAAGAAGGGCUACGAGGUAAUCUUCCUGACCGAGCCCGUAGAUGAGUACUGCAUCCAAUCCCUGCCUGAGUUUGAAGGCAAGAAGUUCCAGAACGUUGCCAAGGAAGGACUGAAGAUUGAUGGGGAGGACUCCGAGGCUGCCAAGGAGAGGAAGGAGGAGCUGGAGGCCAAGUUUGAACCCCUUCUCAAGUGGCUCAAAGAUGCAGCGCUGGGAGAUGAGAUCAAGGAUGCUAAGCUGUCUAACCGUCUGAGUGACUCACCCUGUGCCUUGGUUGCUAGUCAGUAUGGAUGGUCAGGAAACAUGGAACGUAUCAUGAAGGCUCAGGCAUACGCACAGGCCAACAAUCCUAACACAGAGUACUACGCCUCCCAGAAGAAGACCCUGGAGGUGAACCCCAGACAUCCCCUCAUCAAGACACUCUUAGAGAAGGUUGAAGCGGAUGCAGAAGAUGAGACGGCCAAGGAUCUUGCUGUCGUCAUGUUUGAGACGGCUACCCUGCGCUCUGGUUUUGCCCUCCCCGACUCUGCUGCCUUCGCUGGUAGGAUAGAAAGGAUGCUCAAGAUCAGUAUGAACCUUGACCCUAAUGAGAAGGUGGAAGAAGAACCAGAAUAUGAAGACGAGGAAGAAGUAGAGGAAGAGGAGGAGGAAGAAGACGAGGAGGAAGAAUUAUCUGAUGAUGAUGAAUAUGAUGAUAGCGUAGAAGAAUUAGUAGAAGAAGAUAUUGAAAACCAUGAUGAGCUCUGAUGAGAGGAAAGCAAUUUAGACACCAUUGUAGAUACAGAUUAGAGGUGUCCCAGGGAGAAUCAACUUAUCUAUGUAUAUCUGGACUUCAAAAUGCUUUUCUCCCUUGAAAGACAUAAUGUGGGACUACGAAAAGGAGUGUGGAAAUCAUCAGAACUCUUUAUCACUCACUGGAGGAAGUCUGUUAAAGCAAGGAUUUAACAUGGUUUUGAUAAACUAUGAGCACCUUAAGCAUCAAAACACCCAGUUAUUGUUUCAUGUACACAUGUCUUAGCAUUGCACAUCACAACAACAAUCUAAAACCAAAUUAUUACUGGAUGUAAUUAUCAAUAGACUAAAGCAGAAUGUUCAUUCUUGUAGUUUAUCAAAUAUACAUCAUUUAGUUUGUUUUAACACCUUGUUAAAAAAUUAUUUAAAGGUGAAAGAUUAUUUGAUUCCAAUCUAUUUUGCAAAUUUUAUAUGUACAUGAGAGUUUAUGAAAUUAUUCAUUCUACUACCAAUCAGGAGUAGUUCUCUUUUUUUCAAUUUUGUAGAUCCCAUGUUCAAUGUAUUUUUGUCAUCAGUUUUUGUUUUUACAAAUUACAAAUGGUGAGAAAAGCAAAGUCAACAUUUAUUUGGUUGUGGAAAAUGCAUGAUUUUGAUAUUUAUUUAUUAACACGAGAGCAAGGCAUGAUAUAAACAAUGAGAGUUCAAAAUUACUUGCAAUAUAUCUUGGAGCUAAUCUUGAAGGCAGGUUCAAUAGUCUAAAAGAAUACCAAAACCUUGCUUCUCAUCCUAUGAAAGGAAAUCCUUUUUUUAUUCAAUUUCAAAGCAACUUAAAUUUGGUGGUUUAUCUUUUCUUGCCUUUAUUUUUUUCUCCUAAUUGUCUAACGUCUAAUACGUUUUCAUAUAUACGGUACUUACGGUACUUUGUGAGUCUAUGUUUGUAUCUUGUGCAAAACAAUUUUAGCACAAUCCGUCUGUGGAAGGUGGAAACGAGUUUUCAAUAAAAUUGAAAAAAACAAAA